CCAAAAAGGAUCUUGAUGGUUAGGUGGGGCCCAGAACCUAUUUUAAGACAACUAAUCGCACGUGGACAGUGGCUCGAAGAAAGACCAAGAGAGUUUUUGAUAAAUGCACUGGAAAGAGCGAAGCUUGCAAAACUAACUGAUGCGGAAUAUCCUUACCUUGUGGAUGAAUCAAAUUUGGAAUCUAUGUUUGAAAUGCUGGAUGUUACAAGUCAAGGCUACAUAACUUUAGUACAGUAUAAAGGAGCUCUUCAAACCUUGGGGCUAACUACUCAGAAUUUGCCUUGUGAAGAUACAACUAUCACAUUGGAAAUAUUCAAGAAAGAAGUGAAGAAGUUGUUGCAGGAAAGCUGGGCAAUAUAUCAAUCUUAAGCAGCUGUCUACUAAAAUAAAAAACAUUACCAGUUGCCCAAGGCAAUUAGUUUCACUUCUCUAAAAAUAAACUGACUAGUGUCAUCAUUGUAUGUAAAAA